AACUUACUAUUUUCUUUAUUACUGCAGAUGAAUUUUGUUUUUAUUUGUUUUGCGAUAUAUCUGAAUAUUUAUGAAGUGUUAAAUUUUAGUGGUUGUGUUACGUUAGCUACAAUGAAUGGUCGUAUUUGGUUUUAUGCUCCUAAUAACGAAGAAAAGGGAAAUACAGUAUUUGAAAAUACCUGUGUGGUAGCGAAAUCAUUUAUUUGUUUGCGAGUUCAAGUACUGAUCCCAGUUCUAGGAGGAUCUCCUCCUUGUACUACUGUUUGGGAUUUUCAUAACGUGACAGGGAAGGAAAACAAGUGAAGAUUCCACAGAUGAGUCAGAGGAGGAGGAGAGCGAAGAGGAGCCCAAGCUGAAGUACGAGCGUCUGGCCAAUGGCGUGACGGAGAUCCUGCAGAAGGAUGCCGCCAGCUGCAUGACGGUUCACGACAAGUUUCUGGCUUUGGGAACACAUUUUGGAAAGGUUUAUCUGCUUGACAUUCAAGGAAAUAUCACUCAGAAGUUUGAAAUCAGUUCGGUGAAGAUCAACCAGAUCAGCCUGGAUGAGGGUGGAGAGAAUGUCGGCGUCUGCUCUGAAGAUGGCAAGGUGCAGGUGUGUGGACUCUACACCAGAGAGGGCUUCCACGAGAACUUUGACUGUCCCAUCAAGGUGGUGGCGCUGCACCCACAGUUCAGCAGGUCAAACAACAAGCAGUUUGUUACUGGCGGAAACAAGCUGCUGCUGUACGAGAGGAAUUGGCUGAGUCGCUGGAAGAUGGUGUCUCUGCAUGAGGGAGAGGGCAUCAUCACCAACAUCAAGUGGAGGGCAAACCUCAUAGCCUGGGCCAAUAACGUGGGAGUGAAAAUUUACGACAUCAGCACAAAGCAGCGAAUCACCAACGUGGUCCGGGACAACAUGUCCCUGCGGCCUGAUAUGUAUCCGUGCAGCUUGUGCUGGAAGGACAAUUGUACCCUUAUCAUUGGCUGGGGCACCUCAGUCAAGAUUUGUGUCGUUAAAGAGCGAGACCCCUCUGAAAUGAGGGACCUGCCCAGCCGUUACGUGGAAAUAGUGUCUGCAUUUGACACGGAAUUCUACAUCUGCGGCCUCGCGCCACUGGCCGACCAGCUGGUGACGCUGUACUAUGUGAAGGAGGACGCCGACCACGUGGAGGAGGAGUUCCGCGCACGUCCCCGUCUGGACAUCAUCCAGCCUCUUCCGGAGACCUGCGAGGAGAUCUCCUCUGAUGCUCUCACCGUGCGACAGUUCCAGGAGAACGAGUGCAGAGAUUAUCGCCUCGAGCAUUCCGAGGGCGAGUCUCUCUUCUACAUCAUCAGCCCCAAGGACAUUGUGGUGGCCAAGGAGCGUGACCAGGACGACCACAUUGACUGGCUGCUCGACAAAAAGAAAUACGAGGAGGCCCUGAUGGCAGCUGAAAUCAGCUUUAAGAACAUAAAGCGACAUGAUGUGAAGAAAAUCGGCAUGGCUUACAUCAAUCACCUGGUCGAGAGGGGUGAUUAUGAUGCAGCAGCCCGGAAGUGCCAGAAGGUGCUGGGGAAGAACAUGGACUUGUGGGAGAAUGAGGUUUACAGAUUCAAGACCAUCGGCCAGCUGAAGGCUAUCAGUCAGUACCUGCCCCGGGGCGACCUGCGCCUCAGACCUGGCAUCUACGAGAUGAUCCUGCAUGAGUUUCUGAAGAGCGACUACGAGGGCUUCGCCAUGCUCAUUCGGGAGUGGCCAGGGGAGCUCUAUAACAACCUGACUAUCGUUCAGGCUGUUUGUGACCAUCUAAAGAGAGACCCCACUAAUCGCACCCUGCUGACCACCCUGGCUGAGCUUUACACAUAUGACCAACGUUAUGACAAAGCCCUGGAGAUCUACCUGAAACUGAGGCACAAGGAUGUGUACCAACUAAUCCAUAAACACAACCUCUUCUCCUCCAUUGAAGACAAGAUCGUGCUUCUCAUGGACUUUGAUAAAGAGAAAGCGGUUGACAUGCUACUGGAUAAUGAAGAUAAAAUAUCGACUGACCGAGUGGUGGAGGAAUUAACAGACAGACCUGAACUGCUGCACAUUUACCUACAUAAACUGUUCAAACGGGACCACCACAAAGGACAAAACUACCACGAGAGACAGAUCAGCCUGUAUGCCGAGUAUGACAGACCCAACCUGCUGCCGUUCCUGAGAGACAGCACACACUGCCCCCUGGAGAAGGCCCUGGAGAUCUGUCAGCAGAGGAACUUUGUGGAGGAGACUGUCUUCUUACUAAGCCGAAUGGGGAACUGUAAGCGAGCUCUCCAGAUGAUCAUGGAGGAGCUGGGAGAUGUGGACAAGGCCAUCGAGUUCGCGAAAGAGCAGGACGACGCCGAACUGUGGGAAGACCUCAUCUCCUAUUCCAUCGAUAAGCCGCCAUUCAUCACCGGGCUGCUGAACAACAUCGGCACCCACGUGGACCCCAUCCUGCUCAUAUACCGCAUCAAGGAGGGGAUGGAGAUCCCCAACCUCAGGGACUCACUCGUCAAGAUCCUGCAGGACUACAACCUUCAGAUCCUUCUGCGUGAGGGUUGUAAGAAGAUCCUGGUGGCUGAUUCACUCUCAUUGCUCAAAAAGAUGCAUCGGACCCAGAAGAGAGGAGUCAGAGUCGACGAGGAGAAUAUCUGCGAGUCCUGCCACGCCCCGAUAUUACCUUCUGAUACAGCCAAGAACUUCAGUGUCGUGGUCUUUCACUGCAGACAUAUGUUCCAUAAGGAAUGUCUACCUUCGCCUGGAAUGGUCCAGUUCUGCAACAUCUGCAGUGCAAAGCGACGAGGACCUGGAAGUGGCAUCCUGGAGAUGAAGAAGUGAUGGACGCUGCCCGCUUCAUGCCCAUGAUCUUGCCAACCUCUCUCUUUGUAUUCGUCACUUUGUGUUGCACUGUAAAAUUUGUGACUGUAAUCAGACAGGAAACAAUAGAUUACUUUUUAUUUGUUAAAACAGGAAGUUGUAGAUAUAACAAGGUAAGCACACAUGUUCAAAAGAUACCUUUUGUCAUUCAGUAUUGACGCAUCUUGCAUUAUUUCUGCUCUUCUACCGUCUAAAAUAUUUAAUAUUUUAGAUUUCUCUUUAAUGGUUUUUGCUUAUGCUUUUGCUGAGUGUUAAUUACUAAAACUGCACUGCUGCCAAUAAAAGUGAUCUUGAGGAA